AUGGACGAGACUGGGGAUGUGAGCCAGUCUGUUGUGAACGAAAAGACUGCAACGUGUUCCUUGUGCUCGUGUCUUGAAUGUGUUCAGAAUUUGGAGUCCGAUGGGGGAUAUCUAUCAAGGGAUUUCAAAUUCGAUUCUUUGUUAAAGGCUCAGCAAAUUUUCUUCCAUGAGCAGUGCCCAAGUUGUGAUGAUAUCCCCAAUGAUUUGCUCUGUAGGUUUUGCAAACAUCUAAGGCCGCGGCACCUGAAUCAUUACAUGACUCGAAAAGUAGCUCUUGUGUUGAACUUUGGGAUGGUUCAGGACAUACAGCAGCGGUCUGGCAAUUGUGUAUUUUGCAGCAUUGUUAUCCAAGAAGGGUGCUUGAAGGGUUGCAACGAGUAUUCGAAUUUGAUUAUGCGAAUUGAUUCUGCAACUCCAUACAAGGAUAUGCACUUGGAGUUCAACUUCUACGAGCAAGGUACUCUAGGCGUUGAUGCUAAAUGCAUUGGUGGGAUUCUUGACGCUACCAAACGGACAGUAUGGCAGCAACCGAUGGUAGACUGGAGCACAGUCCGCAUCUGGCUAGAGACUUGCGACAGAGAGCAUGGGGGCUUAUGCGACAAUGGAAUUCUAAGCUCACCACCACGCGGAUUUCGACUUAUUGACACGGAAAGAGGAUGCGUAGUAAUGGCUCCUCCUUCCUGCAGAUAUGCUACCCUGAGCUACGUGUGGGGUAGCACUACUGAUAAAAAUGCAUUGGCAACAAAAAGAACCAUCAAGAUGCUGAAGGAGGAGGGUUACCUGUUCAAAACCCCUAUACCGGCGACCAUUAGGGAUAGCAUCCGUGCAUGCAUUGAAUUGAAGAUACGGUACCUCUGGAUCGACAGACUGUGCAUUGUGCAAGAUGACACUACCACCGUGAAAGCCUCACAGAUCAAUGCCAUGGGCGACAUAUAUAGCCAUUCUUAUCUCACCUUAGUGGAUUUAGAAGGCGUCACCAUGGAUCACGGUCUUCCCGGGGUUUCGCAAGCAAGAGCAAGCCAUACUAUUCAUAAGGCAUGCGGAAUGAGCUUGAGAGCCAUAGAAGAUAGGUUCCCUGUGCUUCUCAAACAAACAAAAUGGAUAUCCCGAGGCUGGACGUUCCAGGAGGCAAUGCUAUCGACAAGGAUGCUGUUCUUUACAGAUGCAGGUGUAUUGUUCGAGUGCUCCCAAGCUUCUCAGGAAGAUAGAUUUGGACUGACGACGUCAAUGCACUUACAUUUCACACCAGUCACAACAUACCGUGAUCUUCUGUUCGAACUUUCAUCUAGAUCCUUUACUAUCAAUUCUGAUAUCCUUAGGGCAUUUUCUGGCAUUAUGCAUUGGAGAUAUGGGACAGAGCAUUACUUUGGCCUACCGUACUGUGAAUUUGUGAGGGGUAUGCUCUGGCGUCCACAUGGACUACAUGAUCGCCAAGUACCUGUGGCCAGGCUCACAAAAGCAGGGGAUAUCUUUCCGACCUGGUCGUGGUCUUCUGUAAUGGGGCGCGUUGACUUGGAUUCAGACGAAAGCACCCAUACAUCAUUACUGGGUGUGUGGGGCAUCCCAUCUUUCAGGGCUAACGAAACGGUGCACAUCAUUCGGCCUCAUAAUCAACAACUGUCACGGGACGAGAUAGACGGCUGGGUUCGAGAGUUUGGUAUCGCAUUGGCGUGGAAGAGGGGUUGUUUUCCAAAGCCAUUACCGCCAAUGCUAAAUGUCAGCACCACCUGGAAAGAGUAUCGAGCCCUUCUCAGAUCCGGAUGGGCAUCAUUUGAUAAGCUUAACGAGGAGGCGCUUGGGUUAGCAUAUUUGCAGGGGGAGGAGGAUAUCAAAAAGAUAUUUUCCUCGUCUUACACGAAACAUGCCAAUCAGCCAGGGGCAUUGCUGGCACAUACCCAGUCACUUGAAGCUCGAAUGAUCCGGUUGGGACACAGAAAACCCGAAACAUUUCAUUUAACACCGUAUGUACACGUAACAUUGCACGGCAAGCGAGAUGACAUGGUAGACAUGUGGAUAUAUUUUCACCCUGACCUUUGGCUAUUUCUGCACCAUGAUUACAGCAAGAAACAUGAUACCAAAUUGAAUGUGCUUGCUCUUUCAAUGAGUCAUGUGUACGACUUCCAAUUCGGAUAUCGACUUCGAGGCAAACAGGGUCGAUGGUAUGAUUCCGAGGGAAGCGUACUCUCCGCCCAUGGCGCAGAUUCUAUUUUUCUGGUCGAUGUAUUGAUCGUAGAAACUCGAGAUGGACUCAGUCGACGAGUGACUACAGGUUUUGUCGAGCUUCAUGACUGGAUUUCUGCGUCGCCUGAAUUUCGGAACUUCACUCUUGUUUAG